AGAUUUGGAGUUUUCGGUGGCAUUAAGGCUUCAUGUUUUCACGACGGAUUAUUUCUUUCGUCCAUAGAUUUGUGUCUAUACUUCGGAGCGUCUCGUGUCGGGGGAGUAUUAAUGAGCUUUCGUCGUAAGGUCAGACACGACCGUCCUGUCCUGUUUCCAGGCAACUCCAGCACCAGCAGCGAGGCUGAUUCUAGAAUUUAAGGCCAUCGUCUCUCUCUCUCUCUCUCUCUGGAUUCGAGGGGGGAACACUGUGCAGAGGUUCUGCAUUCACUCUUUCAUGGGUUCUAUCCUGGGCGACUUGCCGUCGUUCGAUCCUCACAACUUCAGCCAUUUCAGGCCCUCCGAUCCCUCCAACCCUUCCAAAAUGACGCCAACAACCUAUCAUCCCACCCACAGCAGGACUAUUCCACCACCUGAUCAAGUGAUAACUACUGAAUCCAAAAAUAUUCUGAUAAGAAAUUUCUAUCGGCGUGCUGAAGAAAAGAUGAGACCAAAACGGGCUGCCUCUGAAUUUCUUGCACAAGAACCAGGAUGCAAGCAACCAAGGGCUUCCAUGACCACCUCAGAUACCCCAUAAUGAGCUUCUGCAUCGGGGUUUGCGACAUGAGAAGUUCAGCAGUCUGCACUCAUUGAGUGUAUAUAUACUGCUGUAAUAUCAGACUGGUCUGUAGGCUUGGCAUCUGCCUAUUUUAAUGGUAUGUGGUUGCUGACCUUGUGUCUGUUAUUUGCUGAUGCUGGUUGGUUUCUGUGAAGAAAGCGCCUUUUGGGGGAUGCACAGCCUCUCCCACCGUGUACAUUGGAAAUAAUCAAUCCUUGAUUUUCACCAUCUCAAUAAAUAUGUUACAAGUACCCUUCGAGUGGCACAAAA